GCCGUCGCUGCCGUGUGCCCUCCCGGGCGGCGGGGCGGGAGGCGGAGCCCGGUGCAGCACCCGGCCGGGGUCGGGGAAGUGACCGGCUGUGGGGGGACUCGCCGUUCCGGCGGUGAUGUGAGGGAAGCGGAGCGGCGCCUUCCUCGCGAGUCCCGCACCAUGGCGGCUCCAGGAACCCCUGGAGGAUAUGAUGUGCUGAUUGUGUAUGCAAGUGACGCCACUGAAUGGUGUCAGUACCUCCAGAACCUCUUCCUCUUUACUCGGCACAUUCGAAAGCAUCGGAUUCUAAGCUACCAGCUGGAAGGCAAGUCAGCCAUCUCACAGCAGGAGCUGGACCUUUUCAGUGGAAGUCGGAGCAUCAUCCUUUUGCUAUCUGCUGAACUGGUGCAGAGUUUUUAUCUCCCUCCCAUUCUGCAGAGCCUUCAGGAAGCCUUAUGCCCCCCCCACAAAGUAGUCAAGCUGUUCUGCGGUGUUACAGACUGUGAUGACUAUUUGAACUUUUUCAAGGACUGGUCUCAGUGGCAAGAACUCACAAAUGAUGAUGAACCUGAUGCUUACCUUGCAGCUGUCAAGAAGGCUAUUUCAGAAGACUCAGGCUGUGACUCUGUGACUGAUACAGAAACAGAAAAUGAGAAGAACCUAACUGACUCCCACAGACUUGCCAUGAGUGAUGAACCCAAGAGCACUGGUGACCAUCUGGUGGUGCAGCCUGAUCGCAUACGGUGUGGGGUGAAGACAACAGUUUAUAUUAUCAUGAAAUGUAAACUAGAUGGUGAAGUGAAAACUGAAGUUGAAUUCUCUCCAGAGAAUGCAUCAUCUGUGCGUGUGUUGGCUGAGAUGGAGAAUGAGUACACAAUCUCUGUGGAGGCUCCAAAUUUAACCCCUGGGACAGUGCCUCUGCAGAUAUAUUCAGGGGACUUGAUGGUGGGAGAAACAAGUGUCAUGUAUCAUACCGACAUGGAGGAAAUCAGCCGUCUGUUGGCUAAUGCAGCCAACCCAGUACAGUUCAUGUGCCAGGCCUUUAAAAUCGUGCCAUACAGUGUAGAAGCACUGGACAAACUAUUGACUGAGUCACUCAAGAAGAACAUUCCUGCCAGUGGCUUACACCUGUUUGGAAUCAACCAGCUGGAGGAAGAAGAUAUGACAACAAAUCAGAGGGAUGAGGAGUUGCCAACACUGCUUCACUUUUCUGCAAGAUAUGGGCUGAAGAACCUCACUGCCUUGCUGCUCACUUGCCCUGGAGCUCUGCAGGCCUACAGUGUAGCCAACAAAUAUGGUCACUAUCCAAACACCAUAGCAGAAAAGCAUGGCUUUAAGGACCUUCGCCAAUUCAUUGAUGAAUAUGUGGAAACUGCAGAUAUGCUGAAGAGUCACAUUAAGGAAGAGCUGAUGCAGGGCGAGGAGGAUGAGUCUGUUUAUGAGUCCAUGGCUUAUCUGUCCACUGAUCUGUUGAUGAAGUGUUCCUUGAAUCCUGGCUCUGAUGAAGAGCUUUAUGAAUCCAUGGCUGGAUUUGUCCCUGCUGCCCCAGAAGAUCUUUAUGUAGAGAUGCUUCAGUCCAAACCAGACACUCCAGUUGGUGGAGAUGAAAUUUCUCUAACUACAAAAGACUCAAUGCUCCGCAAGUUUUUAGAAGGCAGUAGAAUGGAUGUGCCAGAUUCAGAGGAAGGAGCUUACCAGCAGUAUGGUGAAGAUGUGUACUACUCAGUGGAACAAGAUACUUUUCCACAGGAAAUGGCUAGCAGACCUCCAGUUCCUGUUCCAAGACCAGAGACCAGCUCUCCACAGCCAGACAAUGAGCUGUACAUCUCCAAAAUUUUUGCACAGAAAGCAAAAAGACCUGAGAAUCUCUACAUCUCCAGAGGAAGAGUUAAGAAAGAGACAAUAGUCAGGCCUGUAAGGGACCCAUCUCAAUCAAGCAUAUAUGAUCCAUUUGCUGGAAUGAAAACCCCAGGUCAACGGCAGCUGAUAACAUUACAAGAACAAGUGAAAAUGGGCAUACUCACUGUUGAUGAAGCUGUACUUCAUUUUAAGGAGUGGCAAUUGAACCAGAAAAAAAGAUCAGAAUCAUUCCGGUUCCAGCAGGAAAACCUGAAACGGCUACGAGACAGCAUAACCAGGAGGCAAAUGGAGAAGCAAAAAAAAGACAAAGCUGCAGAUUUGGAAAUUACAGUACCCAUUCGACAUUCUCAUAAUACUUUGGGAAAACCAGAAUGUGGAAUAUAUGAAUACACACCCAGGAAAAAUGUUUUCCCACCAAAAAAUGAGUUAAAGCGAGGAGACUGGAAAACAGAAAGCACAUCUAGCACAACAAGUAGUGCAAGUAACCGCUCCAGCACUCGGAGCAUAUUGAGUGUCAGCAGUGGGAUGGAAGGGGACAGUGAGGACAAUGAAGUUGCAGAAACAACUAGAAGCCGCAGCCCAGUUACCCACCGAACAGAGAGGCUGCCAUUCCCAGAAAGGCCUCCCAGAGUGCCUCCUCGAGGUGCAAGCAGGCCUGUAAGCAGUGAAGGCUUUUAUCCUCCACCUGUGCCCCCAAGAGGUCGCUGAGUCUCUCAACAUCUGUGGAAUAUGAGAUUUUUCUGGUUUUAUAUGUGUUUUACAGAUAUUUUUGGGUUGUCUUUAAAUUAUUUAUAACUGGGAGCCAAAUGUGUUCUUCCCCAUCCUCCCCUUUAAAGCUCUGAUGACUUUUUGCAUGAUUUUCACUGAGACUUCUAGGUCUUCUAUAACAUUUUUUUUUAAAUUUAAAUAAUUCUGGUGCUUUGGGACUUCAAGAAAAAGCAUCAUGGUCAGGAAGGAGAACACUGAUGUGUGUCUUGGCAGCCCUGCACCAACACAAACUUUCUUUCUGACCAAGAAAGAACACGUGUCCUCUUAGAAACUAAAUCCUGAUAAGCAUUGCUACCAAAGCCCUUGAAACAUGCUUGAAAAAGUAAAGAAAAUUAGUUGUUCAAAGACUUUGUUUGAAGAACACUCAUUACAGGAGGAACAGCUGAAUGUACUUCUGUUUGGUAUAAGAUUUUGGGUACGAACAUACUGACCUUUCAGAAGAUGUGGAAUCUCCCUCCGGCAGUCGUUAAAUCAUGGGAGGUUGAGAAGUUGUCUUUAUUCAAGGUUGUAUGCAAAAUACAUUAAAAAAACCCACUUUUCA